AUUAUCAAUAAAUUAUAUAUCGAACGUGAUCGAACUUCGUACUUGCCGGUGGCGAAAAUAAUCGAAAAGUCUUGUUCGUGAUCGCGACUCGUAACAAAAGACGUACGGUUCCGUUCCGGUCGGAAGGAAGUUUUUUCAGCCUCCUUCCACUUGCGCUUCAACUCUAGUGAACCUGCGUCCCAGCACCACCUCGGAUUUAGUUUAUUAUGUGCAGAACGGUGUGUGUAUGUGGCGCGGUUUAUUUGAAGAACUGCUGCUGGCGCUGGCUGGCGGCUCUGAGUGCUGUGGAACCGUUGAGACGUGACAACCAGUAACACUGCGGAAGACGGAAUGGACGGAGAGUGUUUGAUAUGUAGUGCUCCAUUUCGAUAGAUCCAGUGAAAUGUGUCUGUAAGUGAGAUCGGGUUAAAAUAUACCGGACGGAGCAAGAUUUAGCCAACUCAUGCUUAAUGUCCUUAAUGGGAAGUCCAAUCAGUGCAUUUUGAAUCGUGAGUGGGAGGGGAAGCCUAAAAACGGAAUGUGUGUCACGAUAUUUGUACUACCUACAUAGUAGUGCUUGAUAGUAGUGGAGAAGAUGUUUCGUGCUAAAUUGGAAUCUACUGCUCCAAGGCACCCUCGAAUGAUUCAACAAAAGACGAUGUCGAAAUCUCGCCGUUGUGGUAUCACAAACGGUUUUCAGGCAAAGCUAAGACGGCGAGGACGGCGAUGAAGGAAUGGAGGAAAAUCGUGAAUCUGAACUCUUGCAAACCAACGAUAACAGUGAAAAGGAAAAUAAUAUGCCAGAAAAUGACACCGACGAGGACGACGACUGCGAUGAGCCGGAAAAUGACGAUGGCAUGGCAAAAAAUCAUAUUUACGACCAUGAGUCAAUAGAAUCCAAUGAUUUCGAUGACGACGAUAUGACAUCGGGAAGCUUUUGUUCAGAGCUCUACUCUUCGCACACAUCGUCAAGCUUUUCACCCUCCAUAUCGGAUGGCAUGACGACGCCGACCUCGUUAACCAACGACGGUGAUGCAGGAUUGCCGAAUGGGGACUCUGCUGGCGGUGCUGAUACUUCUGGAGACAAAUGCCGCUCUGAGCGGCGCAACCGGAUUGACAAUAAUAAUAAAAUAAUUAAAAACAACAAUCACACUAAUAGCCACAGCAAGAAUAAUGACGGUACUUAUCGCUGUCAGUUCUGUGAUAAAACAUUUCCACGUCUAGGAUAUCUAAAGAAGCACGAGCAGAGCCAUACCGAACAUAUGCCAUUCAAGUGUGAAUAUUGUGCUCGUUUGUUCAAACACAAGAGGUCAAGAGAUCGUCAUACCAAGCUGCAUACGGGAGAUCGACGAUAUCGGUGUCCUCAUUGUGAGGCAGCAUUUUCGAGAAGUGAUCAUUUAAAAAUUCACAUGAAAACACACGACAAUCAAAAGCCAUUCCAGUGCACAAUUUGUAACCGUGGUUACAACACCGCAGCUGCCCUAACAAGUCACAUGCAGAACCACAAGAAACAAAUAGCUCUAACAGGAAGCCCGAAUCUAACCUAUAGUCCACGUUCUACUAGCUCUCUGUCUAGUAGCGCUUCUAAUCCUAAACGAAAGUUCUCACCAUAUGAACAGAACUUGAUGAUGGUCAACCGAACGAAGUUGUUAAAAUCUGGAGAUUUGUCUUGUAUGUAUUGCACGCAGAACGAUUUCGCAAAUAUUGAACAGCUAGGAUCCCAUGUGCAAACGAUGCACAGUAACAUACUUUUAAAUGAAAACAAUUUUCAUCGACAUUCUUCUCCUGAUUCUGUAAUACCAUAUACUCCAGUUUCAUGUGAGUUUUGUACAAUGAAGUUUCCCACAAUACCUUUGAUGCUCAACCAUCUGAAAACAAGUCAUUUGGAUAAAAUAAAUAGUCCACAUAAUUACUUGGAGCAGUUUAACAAAAAUCUAAUGAGCACGUAUACUUCAUUCUACGGUGCAAAAUUUUUCGACGAAAAAAGCGAUUCGGCUACGCAAUCGGAAAUAAAAACUGAACGAUCUUCUUGUGACAAAAGUGUCAAAGACGAAAACGGGAAUGAAGAAAUGUCCGUCCCGGUGGAAGCCAAAACUAUAAAACAAGAGAAAAGAGAUGAUAAUGAUAACUCCCAAGGUGCUUCUGAGCAACUUGCACCUACCGAUUUAAGUCAACCACGUCUGAAGAAACUGAAAUCGGAAACCGAGAAUCUUUUCUCGCCUAGUCGAGAAACGCAAAAAGACAGCAACAAUAUCGCGUCUAGUCCAGCGUUGACCAAUCCACCUGGGGCAUACCUUUGCAAUCAAUGCAACGCAGCACUGCCCGAUUUUGAAUCUUUUCGCGCGCAUCUGAAGGCGCAUCUCGAACAAGGAACAACAUCGUCGUUUCUAUGCCAGCAGUGCGGUAUCACAUUGGGCGAUCCGCAGGAAUACGAAAAGCACGUGACUGGACACUAUCUCGUCACCAGCGCGGAAUAUGUUUGCGAUGCGAAUUGUUCGAAAGCAUUCUCCAAAACUGAAGAACUACACAAGCAUUUGUAUGAUUCCCACACUCAACUACUUUAUAAAUGUAUUCUCUGCAAUGAAACGUUUGACAGUAAAGUUACCAUACAGGUCCAUUUCGCCGUUACGCACUCCAAUGAGAUAAAACUCUAUCGGUGUUCGGCUUGCGCGGAAGUAUUUCGAGUUGAGCGAGAAUUCAGAAACCACAUCCGAUCGAGACAUAUCACACCCGGUGCUGUACAAUGCGUAUUCUGUAGAGUCGUCUGCUCGUCGGAACUUGAAAUGCAGUUUCAUUUGGCUGCACAUGCAAGGAAAUUCAAAUGUCCCGCAUGUCCAGAAUCAUUUCACGUCGAAUUCCUGUUAGAUAGACAUAUGCAAACUCAUCACAGCCAGAAGGAGAUAUCUAACGCUGGGGCAGUAACACCGAGCACUGUGCAUAAUACCGGGAACACUAGUAGCCUUGAGUAUCUACAUUUACAAGGUCAAAUGGCCGCCGCUGCCGCUGGUUGGCAAAACUUGUAUGCGGCCAAUAAGUUCUACAAUCCAUUACAUGUCGAUACGCUGAAUCCUCUGAAACAUCCCGGGUUUCUUCACGGUUUCUAUGAUAGUUUAAGCAAAUCGCACGCGCAUCGCUAUUUGGAGCAUUCUAAGAAAGGAUUCGUGAGUCCAAACAAUGCUCCGCCAUCUAAGGCGCUGAUUAACCUAUAUAACCAAAGAUCAGCAUCCAUCAACGGAUUAUAUUCACCAGAUCAUAAUGCAUCGAGUUCUGGGGGAAAUUCACAAACGGCUGGUUCUUCAGGUGUCACUAAGACACAACAUAUCUAUUCUCCAACAACAUCAUUGCUGAGAUAUAGUACGAAUACAUCUGGUGUACCACCAACAACGAGCAGUACCGAUGGGUCAUCUACAGGACCUGACAAGCAAAUUUCUUCAAAUUCCAAAUCGAAUAGUAAUGCGAACAAUUUCUACAGUUGUGGCAUAUGCGAGAGAAAUGAUUUCGGAACUGAGAGCGAGGCCCAGACUCACCGGAAAAUAGUACACAAUCUCAAAACGGGAGUUAGCUUACGGUGUGCUUACUGCAGCGGAGAUUUCCGUUCAAGGAACGAGUUGGAGAAUCAUAUGAAGGUUACUCAUAACACCGGAGGAAAACAUAAAUGCUUGAUAUGCGAUGAAAUUUUUCCAUCCCCUGCAGUAUUAGCAGAACAUAAACUUACACACUGUAAAGUUGGUGCUUCAGGUCGUUGUUCACAUUGUCCGACUACUUUACCAGAUGUGCACACCUUCAAAAUGCACCUUACUCAACAUCAUCAAACUGCACCAGGCGCAACUACAAAUGCAAGUAAUGCGUCGAAUAAUAAUAUCAGUGCGGGAACCGGCCAGGAACAAGAACGGUUUCCAAUUCAAUGUAUAUGCUGCCGACAAACCUUGAAUUCCGAAUUCGAAAUCAGUUUACAUGCAAAAUUCCAUACAAAAUCCAAUGAAACAAAUGAACGAACAUGUGCACUUUGUCUGGAACCAUUAUGUGCGAGUUCGGAUACGAAAAUAUGUGACACUUGUCUUAAACGGCAUAACUUCCCAUCCAAAUUGCUAUCGAUCAACAAUUUCAUCAAGUCAUCAUUACCACCUGCAUCAUCGGUAGCUCAACCACAAGAAGACGCCUCUAGUCAUCACCAACAACCUCAACAAAUUCAACCUAACACUGUAGUCAAGUGUAACCUCUGUAAAAAGCAUAUGUCCAGUGUACAAAAGCUUCAAGAACAUCUGAUUGAUCACACUUUCGCUGGGUGUGAAGAUCGCGGAUACAUAUGCUAUCUGUGUUCUUCUGUAUUUACAUCUUCCCUAGGACUACAGAAUCAUAUUGCUGAUCAUGGUCCACAAGCGAAACCUUACGACUGCAACCAUUGUGAUGAAGCUUUCUACUUCCGAGCAGAAUUGGAACACCAUCUAAUAAAUCACGAGUUUGGUAAGAUCAAUUUAGUUGCUAAGAAUACGAAUGAAACCACUGUAGUACAAGACAUUAAAUCGGAAAUACCAGAAACUACAGUAAAACUAGAUGAUGAAAGUCUAUCAGGUCCAGUUGCCGGUACAAGUGUAUUCAAGGAUAAACAUGAAACCUCGAUUAGUCAUAGUAAUGAAAAGCUCAAUGAGAACUACAAACAAGCUAAUGAAGACGAUGAAGAGUACAUUGAAGUUGAGCAUAACGUUGAAGAAAACAAAAGAAUUGAAAACAGAACUUCUCAAGAAGAAAACGGAGACAAUUCUAAUGAAUGUUCAGAUUGAACGUCUCGAUACGUAUCAGCUAUGAAUGAUCAAAGCCCUACUGAAAAACAAUCUUGGUAUUGUAUAAUUUAUAUACCGAAUGUCAGCAUACGCAUUUUUUGUAAUAGCUUCUUUACAUUUUGUCCUGAAUAUAAUAUAAAAUAUGUACCUACCAUCUACUCGCCACCAGUCUGAUAUCAGUCUUAUUUUAAGGAAAGACAUUGAAUGUGAUUCUAGCGUAGUAGCGUACCCAACAAUAACAGUUGCAUAGUUAUGCGCAAAAAAAAAAUGCCAGUGUUGUUCAACCAGUAACACACACGCACACACUCGCGAAUGCCGACGGUCCGUUGAGAGACAGCCAAUCCAACUGAUUCAAGGAGCUGUGCCGGGAAGCUGACGCUGAUCCAUGGAGCAACACUUAUCGGGUCGUAAUAGCGAGGAUCAUGGGUCCAGCGACGCCAGCGGAAACGUAUCCGGAUAAGCUGAAGAUCAUCGUAAACGGUGUUUUCCUCAGCAUGAUUCUACGACGUGGCCGCCUAUAUCAUACGCAGAUGAAGACGGAGUAACCAUUACAGGUAUGCAAGUGUCCAACGGCGAGCUGUCACCACUGGCGAAAGGUCUGAAGAUGAAGAAGAGUCCGGAUGGAAUUCCAAACGUGGCUCUAAAAACUGCGAUACUGGCGUUUCCAGAUUUGUUCAGGAUGUGCUGCUGCCGAAACCACCGGGGAAUCCAGUAUCGUGAAGGCCCAUAUGCCUGCUAGAUACUCUGCACAGCAAAUGGUUUUGAAAAUUCAAAGACGUGUAAAAUUGUCAACGUGUAAAUCCCAACAAACGAAAUAACAAUUUUAUAUUUAAUGUAAUUUGACUAAAUUUUACAAGCAAGCACAGUUUCAUUUUGUUUCGAUUUAAAAGAACAGUAAGAUCAAUUGAUUGUUACGUUUAUUUGCAUGCUUCAAAUAUGUGCAUGAAAAUGCAUUAAAAAUCACAACAUAGUUUUAUCUGUGUGGGAAAGCUUCUGGAAAGGAUUAUCCCUAAUCGGCUGACUCAAUUCGCGGAGGGGCGGGACCGGCUUAGCGGAAAAGCAGUUCGGACUUUAGAGAAAGAAUUUCAACAAUUUUAUGUACGCAUACCUUGAAGGAAGGGAUGAAUAUUGAAAUGCAUUAAAAACAACCGAGCCAACCAUUUAAUUUCCUUUGGAAAAUUCGAAUGUAGUCAACUAAUCCAUACUGUACGCUCAAUAUUGAGAGUGACUGUAAGUUAAAGCAAAAGUCAACAAAUUCUUCCAAACUAAUUGAUCUAUCGGUUCAAAUUAUUAACUGCAAGGA